CAUCCGAAAUCAAAAUAAAAAGAUGGAACAAGAAAUCGAACUACUGGAGAGAGUGCUAUUCCGUUUGGGAACAUCUGACAGUGAUGAACAACUUGAAAAUGCUGUCAAUAAAUUCCUUACUCCUGUGCUACUUAAAAUUACGUCUCCAAAUGAGACAGUGCGUUGCAAGGUCAUGGAAGUUCUUACCCACGUCAACAAACGUUUGAAAUCGAGACCAUUGGUUCAACUUCCAGUCGAACAGCUUCUCGUGCAAUAUAACACGACUGAUUCAACGUUUCUACACAAUUUUUCGAUAAUUUACAUAACGAUGGGCUUUCCGCGCUUAUCGGUCGAAAAGCAGACCGAACUCACUCCAAUUCUACUGAACUGCCUAGAAGGUAAGACAGAGACCCAUCAAGACAAACUGUUGAUGUUAAUACUGCCACUGUUGGGAUCGAUUAAAAUUCCUGAAGAUCCAGAAAAACGUGGAACUUUACUGGGAUUGGCGGACAAACCGCUAACGAAAAAACAGUUGAUCAAUCUCUUGCAAGACGUCAUUUUGCUUCCUUACGGAGUUACAUCUGAGGGUGAAGUGCCGCCGGGAAUGAGUCCAUAUUCCUUUAAACGCGUCAUCGCCAACAACUGGAAAGCCGAAGAAUUAGAACAGUUGAAGAAAGGAAUCUGCCGUUUUAUAUGUGCGAGCGUUUUCCCGGACGAAGAUAUUUUAACCUUGCUGGUGCUGUCUUCAGCUGAUACAAGGUUCAGCGUAGCCACUCCUGCAAUUGCUGAAUUGAGUAAAGUGAAUAGUUCGUUGGAUUGGACUGAUCCCAAUUUGUCAGCUCCAUUUUAUUCGUUGUUUCUGGGAAAUGCUUCCAAGAUUGUGGAUCGAAAGACGACUGCGUGCAGUGCUCGAGUUCGGCAGAAAUUGCUGCAAUAUCUGCUGAAAAGUCGUGGCAAGGGUAUUAACACGGUUCGUGGCAUUCAAGUUAUAUUUGAGGCGUUAUUCGGCGAGAACACCAAUCAGAAAUGUAAAGUACUCUCCCUACAAUUCACUGAGAACUUAGUUAAAGAUGGGCCCAUCGAAUUGAUAAAUAAGAUCUCCAAGGUAAUUCUAGCCGGAGUGACUAAACUAAUUGGCACCGAAUCCACCGAAGCGUACGAUGUGCAAAACGGUGCUUACUGUGUCAUUGCUCAACUAUCUCGGGUUUGUCCCGACGGAUUCAACAAGGAUUUACAAUUGAUCGUGUCAUAUUUUGCACAUCUGGUUGUGGCACCGACCGAGCUGCACGGAUCAAUUAGGGAAGCGCUGAUAGCAAUUGCACCAGCAUUUAAGUCGACUUACGACAUCAGUGGAGGGACAGAGAAAUUCACUCCAAACGCCAAUCAGACAUUACUGUUGGCCAUGCUUGCGGAACAUGUUGAAUCCAAGUUGGCAAUCGUCCAGAAUGUGGCCAGUGUCUUUCUAACUACUUGUUUCCCGGAACACUAUGUGCCGGCACGUUACUUAUUGCUGCUGAUAGCCGGAGAACGUUCGUCGCUAAGAGAGUCCGUCAUCACAUCACUCUACGGGGUGGCUCGUACGGAUCACAUUAACUAUUCGUACAUAUCGUCUGUAGAUCAUUCAGAGUCUGUUCAGGAACAAGAUGUCGACAAAUUCAAAUUAACGCCCGAACAGCGACGUGUAAUACUACCGAGCUUCAAAGAAAUGGUUAAUUACGUGCACGAACAGAUGGACAAGCGGGCAUCAAAUUCGUCACAAAAACACAUCUAUGGAAAAGUGACACUAUCUUGUCAUUAUGAGACGUACACGGAGAUUCUCGACUAUCUCCGGUUAUGCCUGUGGUUUUCGGCUGGUGCUAAAACAUCUCCUGGCGACCCGAAAUCGGUUCAACAGAUUAACGAUUACAUCCGCAAUGAGCUGAGCAAUUCAAUUGAAAUCAACAAUUACCUCGCGUUGGCCAAGCGAAUUCUGUACUCUAAGCGAGGUAAAGUAGAGCUUCAGUGUCUGUACGACUUGCUGAACGCCACACCAAAUGCAUUGGUAAAUGAUUGCUUGGACCUGAAGGAGAGCUUUAUGCUUGGCCUGAAAGAUGUUUCGGACUUGACAAGAAUUUUGGUCGCACAGCUACAAGGUAUUCUCAUUGCUCAUGGAAACAUUGAGUCAGAGUUUAACGCAGAGGUUAAGGACAUCAUAGCCACCUUAUCCCAGAGAACUUUGGAACAUCGUCACGGAAGCAUUUUAACGUUAAGUCAUGCUUUUCAAAGACGCAUCAAGAGUUUAAAGUCCCAGAGCGAUUUCAAUGAGAAGACAAUUCAAAAUUGGGAGGUGUUGAAAAAGUUUAUGGAUUUGCUGGGAGCCCUACUAUCAGAGCAGCAAUCACUUCUCAUCUCAGCAGCAAUUAAAGGAAUUUCAUUGAUCGGUUCAUCUACGAUUCUUCCGUUGCCCGAUACAUCAACAUCAUCUGCGGCAGGCUCGGAAGCGAUGGAAGUAGAUGGCAUAGAUUGCUCCAUGUCGAAAUCAUCGUUGGUGUCUACCAUAUUUCGUUUGCUGAAAAGCGCACACACGAAGGCCAAACUUAGAGAAGAUGCUGCAAAUUGUCUCGGCUAUCUGGCAGUUGGUGAUGGCAAAUACUUCGCUGCGAGUAAUUUGAAACUGUUCAUUGAAAUCGUAAAAUUGUCAAAGGACACGGCAUUGAAUAUUGCGAUUGCACAAGGGAUUGUUCUAACGAUUGCUGGGGAAGAAAACAUUUAUGGCGAUGAGUCGGCGAAUUCAGAAAAUCCGUUUUGUGAUGACAAAACCUUCAACGAUUUUCUGAAUGGUGUCAUCGGCUUCGUAAGUGAUCCCAAUCCAUGUUCGCGUAAUUCGACAGCAAUUUGGCUGCUGGCAUUGGUUAAGAACUUUUCCAAACGGGCGCCAAUCUAUUCGAGGAAGCAGACGCUACAAUUUGCAUUCACAGAACUAUUGUCGGAUGACAGCGAGUUCAUACAAGACGUUGCCUCUCGUGGUUUAGGUUUAGUGUUUUCCCUAUCGGAUCAAAGCGGCCAAACCGAUCUGGCGAAUUCGCUGCUGGACCAGUUGAUUGGUGGAAGACGUCAAGUAAAUCAGGUGAAUGAGGACACGAAGAUCUUUGAGGAAGGAGUUUUGGGAAAAACUCCAAUGGGUGGUAACAUCACCACCUACAAGGAGCUCUGCAGUUUAGCAUCGGAUCUGAAUCAGCCGGAAAUGAUAUACAAGUUCAUGCAAUUAGCCAAUCACAAUGCAGCUUGGAAUAGUAAAUUAGGUGCGGCCUUCGGAUUGAAGUCAAUAUCCAAAGCCGCUAAGGAGCAAAUGCAACCGUUUCUGGGCAAAAUCGUUCCUCGCCUGUUCCGCUACAAAUACGAUCCGACGCCGAAAAUUCAAAAUUCCAUGAUUUCGAUUUGGGACUCGAUUGUGUCCGAUUCGAAAGAAAUUGUCGAAAAGUACUAUUGGGAGAUCUUCGACGAGCUGACCACCAACUUGACGCACGUCGAAUGGAGAGUUCGUAUUGCCUGUUGCUUGGCUAUACGCGAUUUAAUCAAAAGACCGGCCGGACUAAGAUUGAGAUUCGAUGACCGAGCACUGACAGUAAACAAAAUGGAAGUGGAUUCGUCGGACGACAUAUCGAGAAUGGAAACGGACGAUGUCGAUGUUCCUGAACCGGAAGUGACGAAACUUUGGUCGCAACUGUUCCGCGUUAUGGACGAUGUCCACGAAGGAACGCGUUUAGCUGCCGAGGGAUCUGCAAAAGCUUUAAGCAAAAUUUGUGUGGUUGCAGCUUCAGGCAACGGUAAAUCUGCUCAAAAUCUGGCUAGCUCAAUAUUACCGCUGAUUUUAGAGGUUGGAGUCACGCAUACUGUACCCGAGAUUCGUAAUUUGAGCAUGAAAACAUUGUCCGAGUUGAUUGAAUCAUCGGGUGGCAUUCUGAAGGAUCAUUUACAUACGCUGGUGCCAUGUUUGCUUAAAGCAACUGGAGAACUUGAGGUCCCGAAGCUGUCGUAUUUGUCAACUCGACUAGGAGCUAAUAUUGAGGCUCAGGAAGCCGUGGAUUCAUUAAGAGCUGAAGCCGCAAAGCAACAUCACAGUAUGGAAACUUUGGUGAAGUGCAUCCGACACAUUUCCUUUGAAUCGCUGGAGAAAAUGACACCCGAAGUUGUUGAGCUGAUGCGCACCACCGUAAAUCUCGGUACGAAAAUUGCGUGUGCACAUUUCGUUUGUUUGAUUACCGUUCGUUUCAACAAUGAAAUGACUUCGCUUGUGAGUAAGUAUCUCAGCGCCUGUUUCAACGGAUUGAAAGAUCGAAACACAAUCGUUCGAAAGUACAAUGCCAGCGCAAUUGGUCACCUAAUCGGUUUGGCGAAAGAACAAUCGAUUAUCCGGCUGUUCGCAAAACUGACUGAAUUCUAUUUCGAAAAUCAAUCGAACAAAGGCGUCCCAUACGCCAUAUCAGCAAUAAACAAACGCCAUCAGGACAUUUUGAAAGACUAUCCGGCACACGUGCUGCCGUUGAUAUUCUUUGCCAUGCACGAAGAAAUCGACGAAGAGAAUCGCAGCAAUGUGGAAUUGUGGAAAGAAUUAUGGCUGGAAGUGAGUCCGGGAGAUGGCGGUAUUCGAAUGAAUUUGGAAUCGAUAAUUCCGAUGUUGGAGAAGUCCCUGGACGACCAGUCUUGGUUGAUCAAAGCUCAGAGUGCGAAUUCCAUAACCACAAUAGCAACCCGACUGGGAACGAAUCUGGGUCAAGUAGAACGUGAACGACUGAUCGCAUGUUUGAUGGCUAACAUAUCGGGACGGACAUUUCAAGGCAAAGAAAGACUACUGCAGGCUCUAUCGAGUCUGUGCAAAGACUUGAAAAAGAGUGAAAGCGCCAGCUACACCACAAUCAUUGAUGCUAUAAUGAAGGAGUGUCGUAAGGAGGAACCAUUGUAUCGAACGCAUGCACUUAAGGCGGUUGGUGACAUUUUGGAACAAUUGGGAGAAGAUCGAUUCGAAGAGAUCUACAACAUGAUCUGGUAUUUAAUGGACAAAAAGGAUCUGGCCGCAGUAACCGGUGAUGAUGAGGACAAGAACUUAUCAGCAGACGAACGUAAUAAGCGGGCCAUGAUCGUGAUUUCGUUAAAGGAAACCGUUUGCGAAACAUUGGGCAAAGCUUGGCCGACAGAAGAAAAAACGCAGGAAAAGUAUCAGCUGAUGUUUGUGGAACAGUGCGUUCGAUGUUUGCAGAACAAUACACGGCCGGUCCAGUUGAGUGUUCUGGUUUCACUGGGCAAGUUUUUGGAUCGGUUAAAGAUACUGGAGCCGCCGAAUACUGACCAGAAUCAGGAGAAAAAACAAAAGACCGAUGGUAACGAAUGUCUGCAGAAAAUAUGUACGGACGUUCUGUCGGCUGUGGUUUUCGUUGCCGGCAUACCACAUACCGGACUGAAGAAGGAAGCGCUGAACAUUGUGCUGAUUUUAGUAAAACGUCUGAUAGACAUCAAAAGUCAUACGGAACUGUCCAUGGUGAAGAAAACGUUCGACGAAAUUCUGAUUACACUCCAGAAAGACAGCGCUCCGGAAAUAAAGUGUCGCAUCAAUGACAUUGAGGAUAAGCUUAAGUCAAAUUAAUUACCGUGGCGGGCAGAGUCAAAUCAAAGUGCCGUGAGAGGAGAACCUUUUUUUAAUUGCAAAUAAAUGUCGUACUUGAGA